GCACGCUAAAUAGAAACACUACUACUACUAACUAACACUAGUACUUUUAUUCAGUAAUAGCCGUGACACAGAGUCAUAUUUGAGAAUUCAGUUAAUGAAAGUAGGUGGAGUUGAUAGAUUAAUAGUUGUAAAUUACAAGUUGGCAGUUCAUUUAUUUGUAUGCCAAUCUUGAUCUGAGUUAGCUUUAGCAAGCCAGCCAACUGUCUUAUUGUUCCUCCUUUAUUGGGAUAAAUGGAAGACAACAGUUAAUGGGCUUUGAUUGAUUGAUUGAUUGAGAGAGCUUUGGAGAGUAUAGUGGAAUGGAAGAAGAGUCGAUAAAGAGAGUAGGUAGCGCCCACAGUUAAAGGAGAGAAUUCCGCUUGUCUUCUCUCUUUUUUGGCCCUACCCUGCUGCUCUAUUUCCUUCUUAUUAUUCUAAAGGUGGUUUCUUUCUACCAAUGGCGUCCUGUCCUCCUUGCUUUCACAUUGAAUCAUUAGUUUGGACUGUGCUUGCUUGCUUGCCAGGCCACUUUGGCCUUUCUGUAGGGCUCUAGUGCCCUUACAAUGAUGAAGAAUCAACAAUUCUCAACACCCUUUUAACCGCCCCAUGUGGGUUUCACUUUCACUGCAAAAUUGUGGGUCUGCUGCUGCGCAUGCUUUGAAAGGGUUAAAAAGAUCAGAGAUUUUAACGUUGAUUUUCUUCUGUUCACAGGUACAUCAAUGUCCUGCCCGCAUCUCAGUGGCGUGGCUGCGCUGCUGAAAGCUGCUCACCCGACCUGGAGCCCGAGCGCGAUCAAGUCGGCACUCAUGACAACCUCCUACGUUGUUGACAACACCAACGCCCCUCUCAAGGACGCCGCCGACGGUUCCUUCUCGACUCCCUGGGCUCACGGGUCAGGCCACGUCGAUCCACACAAGGCCCUAUCUCCGGGCCUCGUGUACGACAUCUCCACGGACGAGUACAUCGCGUUCCUGUGCUCCCUCGGCUACACCCUCGACCGCGUCCAGGCAGUCGUGAAGCGCCCCAACGUCACCUGCGCAACCAAGUUCAAGGACCCCGGGAGCCUCAACUACCCGUCUUUCUCCGUCGUGUUCGCCCGCACCAGGGUCAUCAGGUACACUCGUGUGCUCACCAAUGUGGGUGCCGCGGGGUCCUCGUACGAGGUCGAGGUAACCACGCCUCGAUCCGUGACCGCGACGGUGAAGCCGACCAAGCUCGUUUUCAAGAAUGUUGGGGACAAGUUGAGGUACACUGUGACUUUUGUGUCCAAGAGCAGGGGAGGGAACGCUAUGUCUGACUUCGGUUCGAUAGUGUGGAGGAAUGAGCUGCAUCAUGUGAGGAGCCCAGUUGCGUUUUCGUGGUCCGAGUUAUAAGGGCCUCUCAGAACUGUCCGUUCGGCCCAUAGUUGAGCUUUUGCUUUUUUUACAUUGUGUUAGGUCCAAUGGGGGAUUUGUUUGUUGGGCCGGAGCGCUCGAAGAAAAAGAGGCUGGGCUGGGCUUUCGUUAGAUGUUCGGGGUUAGUGGGGGAAGUUUAAUGUUGUCCGUGUGUUUGCUUGUGCAAUAGAAUGUGUCAUCCAAAAGUGCUAAAGAUGGCUCUUCUUUCCUCUGGACUAAAUAUGAUAGAAAAAUUGUUCUUGGCAAUCAGACGAUUUUAAUCUAAUUUCUCCAAAGAAAACCCCCCCUAAUUUGAGAUUGUUUCUCAAUACAACGGAUUUUUUUUUGUUGACUCGGCAAGACUUAGAGGUUCACACCGGCUGACAUUUAGCAAUAUCGCGGUUCACAUCAACGUUGUAGGGUAACAACAAAGUCGCUUUAGUGUAUAAAAGUUCGAAUUUAUCCAUAUUUAGCACUAUAUUGUCUGUAGAGUGUUGCUAGAAAGCUUGAUAGCUCUUGAGAACAAGGAGUUUGUACAGUGAUAAUAUCAUAUCAAUGGUAUUAAACAUGGAGCUUACAUUUUCAGAUAUCUUAGAUAACACCUAACUAAAAAGCCAAACAUAUAUCACUCUUAUGAAAAAAUAUAUUAUAUUGCGAAUUAAAUAACUGCGAAGAU